AUGCUCCGUCUAAGCCCCGACGAGUCAUUCCAUUUCGAGCUGUUGCGACUUCUCGCCCAUGCAACAUAUGGAGGUGCUGACGUUGGCGAGGUACUUGCAAUCGCGUCAGAUAUCACCCCCGGUGACUUUGAGUCCUUUCACGAUGCAUUCGUCAAGCGUGCUGAUAGGAUUCUGGCACAAGCAAACAAAUUGACUAAUCCGGUAUCAACCCGCGACGCCAUGUUCCGAGCAUCUACUUAUUACAGAGCUGCCGACUUCUACCUGCACGGGAAUUGGGAAGAUCCUCGCAUCUUGUCUCUCUGGGACAAGCAGACGGCGUGCUUUGACCAGGCAAUCUCUCAAUUACCUAUUCCUGGUUAUAGGCGUGUAGUCAAGGGGCCGGGCUUCGAUAUACCGGUCAUUUUCUUCCCAGCGCGUGCGGCUGCCGACGAGAAGCUGCCGACCAUAGUUCUGGGCAAUGGCUAUGAUGGCUCCAUGGAAGAAAUGUACCACCAGUACGGCGCCGGAAUCCUAGAGCGCGGUUGGAAUGUACUAUGCUAUGACGGUCCAGGACAGAUCUGCGCACGCCGCUACCAGGGAAUCGGUUUCACGCAUGAGUGGGAAACUGUCGUCUCACCCAUUCUUGACCUCCUAGAAACGCUACCAAUCGUCAACAUGAAGCAGGUUGGGAUCGUUGGAAACUCGAUGGCAGGAUUACUUGCCGCCCGGGCUGCUGCUUUCGACCACCGUAUCGCUGCGGUAUUCAGUAUCGAUGGGUUAUACAAUCUCAUGGACACCCCCGUCUUCGAUGCUGAGAAGGGGCUGGCUCGAUACUCGGGAGUUCAGGACUUUGCAGCUGCAGAGAGGAUCUUCAAGGACCCAAGUGUACCAACGACAGCUCGCUGGGCCCUGUCUCACGGCUUGUGGGCUUUCAAAGUCCGGACCCCUGCAGAGUACCUGGAAAAGGCUUCCCAUUUCAGCUUGAAGGGUGUAGCGGACAAGAUUAAGUGUCCUGUAUUUGUUGCUGAUGCCGCGGAUGAUCACUUUUUCAAAGGGCAACCUAAAGCAAUGCGGGAUGCUUUGGGCGACAAAGCCCACUAUGUUAUGUUCACUGCAGACGACGCGGCGGGCGACCAUUGCCAUGUUGGUGCUGCAAGGUAUACUAAUCAGGUCAUGUUUGACUGGUUUGAGGAGAAGAUCAUCAAAACUUAG